ACGCUAAUCGCACUGAUUCUUCCACACUAUACACACUGAGCAUGACAAAUGUUGUUGAACGAAGCCAAGACGCCGUGACAGCCCUUCACUCUGACCUGAGAGAAACAACAACAAUAAGCUGCAUUUACUUUCCGCUCAGUCCGCGACGGUGGAGCUGAACUGAGAUUUCAAAACAAGGAGCUACAUUACUCAGACGAUGCUAGCGCUAGCUGGCUAGCAGCCUGCUGGGCUUCGGCGGUGCAGAUGAAGAGGAACUGGGUGUCGCCUUCAUCGUGUGCUCUUGUAACUUUCGUCAUCCGCUGCAUUGUUGACUGUUCGUUGCUGCGGAUGUGAACGGGACGUGGAGCGAGUCCGUGUUGGAGGUGAGCCCCCGCUGCGUCCUGAGCUCGCCCUGGUAGCAUCCGUGUGUGUGUGUCUCUGGUGGAAGUGGAACAGCUGAGCUAGCCAGCUUGCUAUCACAGUGUUUGCUGCUGAAUGGGGAGCAGGUUUUAUUAGUAUUGCCGGACAGGCUCGAGUAACGUGAGGAAUCUGUCGGCGGCUCAGGAGGACGGUGUCGGACACAAUGUUGUUCAGGAGUUGCUGGAAGUCUCGCCAUAAAAGCGGCUGUGGACCAGCUGCUUCCUGCUGGAUCCGAGCCGGACUGGCCGCCCUGGUCUGGAUGUGUGUGAGCCACCUGGUCUGCGGCGCGGCGGCGCUGGGGGAGACCAAGAACGUGGUGCAGAAGGACGCAGAGUUCGAUGUCACCUACAAUGACACGGUGACGAGUGUGAACCAGACCAUCUACGCGUUCAACCAAACCGUCACCAGGAACAAGACGGAGGGAGUACGCGUGUCCGUGGACGUGCUGUCACGGGGCUUGGAGAGUCCUAUUCUGUUUGUGGUGCGACAGAAGCAAGCAGUGCUCUCCUUCCAGAUCCCCCUCAUCCUGAGAGGCCUCUACCAGAGGAAGUACCCUUAUGAUCAUGUGGGCCGGACAUUGUGCCAGCCUCCGUCACGGGUCGCCUCUGAAACCCAGUUCUUUUAUGUAGACGUCUCUACCCUGUCCAGCCAGGGUACAAACUACCAGCUUAGGGUCAGCCGUGUGGAAAGCUUCACCCUUCUGACAGACAAGAAAUUCAGCUUUACUGCAUCACCAUCCCAACCUCAGUACUUCAAGUAUGUCUUUAAAGAUGGGGUGGACACUGUGAUCGUCAAGGUCAACUCAGACAUGACCUUCCCCUGCUCUGUGAUGUCCGUCCAGGACAUCCAGUGCCCUGUCUAUGACCUCGACAACAAUGUGGCCUUCAUUGGGAUGUACCAGACAAUGACCAAAAAAGGUGCCAUCACUGUGCAGAGAAAAGAUUUUCCAAGCAACAGUUUCUAUGUGGUGGUCGUGGUAAAAACAGAGGACGAGGCAUGUGGCGGUCCGCUGCGGUUCUACCCUCUUAGUCCUGAUGAGCUGAUGGACGCCGGCAACCGCAGCAAGAGCAUCGAUGUGGUGGUCACCCCUGCCAUCGAUUCAAAGGUGUAUGUGAUGGGCAUGCUGUUCUGUCUGGGUAUCUUCUUUUCCAUCUACCUGCUCACCUUCAUUGGGGCCUGUCUGGAGAAAAAGCGAAUGAAAGAGACGAGAGUAGACUAUCUGAAUCCUGCUGACAUGUCGCCUGCUGAGACAGGCAAGACUCCAGUCUCACCGUGUGAAUAUGGCUCCAUUGCUGACAACGGCAGCACUCUGAGCUCUGAGGCCAUCACUGACAGCGCCACCUCCACUGAUAAUAACUACGGAUACAUGGAGCGAUCGCUGGACAGUGUUGGACGAAGCAGGCGGGAGUCUCUGAGCUCUGUGGAGGAGGAUGACUAUGACACACUGGAUGACAUCAAUUCAGACAAAAACAUAGUCCGCACCAAGAAAUUUCUGUACGUGUCUGACCUGUCCCGCAAAGACAAGAGGGUCCUCAGCAAGAAAUAUCAAAUAUACUUCUGGAACAUUGCCACCAUUGCUGUCUUCUACGCCCUGCCAGUCAUCCAGCUGGUCAUCACCUAUCAAACGGUUGUCAAUGCCACAGGAAACCAGGACAUUUGCUACUACAACUUCCUGUGUGCCCACCCCCUGGGAGCUCUAAGUGCAUUCAACAACAUACUCAGUAACGUUGGUUACGUGAUGCUGGGACUCCUCUUCCUUCUAAUUGUCCUCAAGAGAGAUAUUGUCCACAAUCGAGCUCUGGACCGCAACGACCACAAUGCGCUGGAAUGUGGUAUCCCAAAACACUUUGGUCUGUUUUAUGCCAUGGGAACUGCACUCAUGAUGGAGGGCUUGCUCAGUGCCUGCUACCACGUCUGUCCCAACUACACCAACUUCCAGUUUGACACCUCCUUCAUGUACAUGAUUGCCGGGCUGUGUAUGUUGAAGCUGUAUCAGAAGAGACACCCAGACAUCAAUGCAAGUGCUUACACUGCCUAUGCCUGCCUGGCUGCAGUCAUCUUCUUCUCUGUGCUUGGAGUGGUAUUCGGGAGGGGAAACACAGUCUUCUGGAUAGUUUUCUCAGUGAUCCACAUUCUGGCCACUCUCCUCCUCAGCACACAGCUCUACUACAUGGGCCGGUGGCGGCUCGACUCUGGGAUCAUGCGGAGGAUGCUGAAUGUCAUCUACACAGAUUUCAUCAGGCAGUGCAGUAUGCCUAUGUACAUUGACCGCAUGGUUCUACUUGUGAUGGGGAACAUAGUCAACUGGUCUCUAGCUGCCUACGGCCUCUUGGAGAGACCCAACGACUUUGCCUCCUACCUGUUGGCCAUCGCCAUCUGCAACCUGCUGCUCUACUUUGCCUUCUACAUCAUCAUGAAGCUGCGGAGUGGUGAGAGAAUCCAGUGUCUGGCCUUGGUGUUGAUUCUCUUCACGGCUGUGGUGUGGGGAUUUGCACUCUUUUUCUUCUUCCAGGGUCUCAGCACCUGGCAGAAAACACCAGCAGAGUCUCGUGAGCACAACAGAGACUGCAUCCUGCUUUCAUUCUUCGACGACCACGACAUUUGGCACUUUCUCUCGUCCAUCGCCAUGUUUGGAUCCUUCCUGAUUCUGUUGACUAUGGAUGACGACGUCGACCACGUCCCGAGAGACAAGAUCUUCGUCUUCUAGAUUUGUCGCUCCUCUGGUGAGGAGCUCAGCUCGUCUUCUCUGCCUUACUGCCCUCCUCCCUCACGCUCUCGCUCCGUUUGCGUCUCCUUCAUGUCCUCAAAGAGCACAGCCAGUAGCCUGUGUGUUUCCCAGGCUUUUCGACGGGCGUAUCUCCACCCCCCCACGGCCAAUCAGCCAGUCAGGGCAGGGCUGAAGCCCCUCCCCUUCCACUUGUACAGACACUAAUGUGCCAAUGAAGAGGUGAUAAAGCGCUGGAUCAAGAUGGAGCGAUGCUAAAGUGUUAUGUCCUCUCGCUGUCACCGUCGAUAUAAAUGUAGUACUUGAUGUUUACUUACUGCUGACGAUUAACAUAACAAUGUACACACUUGCUAAAAGAGAGAAAUAUUAACUUAUUUUAUACUGUCCACAUUACAUUUGACCUACAAAUCAACAAUGCAUUUUGAAAUUACUGUUUCUAUGCUGUGUGUGUGUGUGUGUGUGUGUGCGUGAGUGUGUUUGGAGAGCAUGUGUUUACAAACAUUGUGACAACAUGAAUUCUGUCCAGACUGUCAGUGGCCUUUAAUGUUCUAAUCACAUACUGUGCUCUGAUUGGUCGGAUCCUUCAGCUAGCCAUCCUUCUCAUUGGAGAACAUUGAUGACGAUGAUUGUACUUACUUCUCGACUGCAAAGAUAUAUUUUGCACUGUCCUGUUUAAAAAAACAGAUUUUAAUGUCAAUGUCAGUGCAAUGAGCGGUUACUAAAUAAAAGUUUCAUUUUCAGAUUUA